CAGCGCCGCCGCCGCCGUAGCCUUCUUUUAAGUCGUUGGGGAGAAGUCAGCAAGUCUUUCCCGAGAUGGUGGGAUUAUCUGUAGGAGAAAAGUAUUUCAUACAGGGUGGCAUUGCUCAGGACCUUCGCAGUGAUGGUCGGAAAAGAUUGACACCUAGGCCCAUGUUUGUUGAAACUGGAGUCAUCUCCCAGUCAAAUGGUUCAUCAAGGUUCAGGAUUGGUGCCACCGAAGUCAUUGCCAGUGUGAAGGCUGAACUUGGAAGGCCAAGCGCAUUACAUCCUGACAAAGGAAAGGUCUUCAUAAAUGUUGAUUGCAGUCCAACUGCAGCACCAAUAUUUGAGGGCAGAGGGGGUGAAGAGCUAUCCGCAGAACUCUCAGUUGCUCUUCAGCGUUGUCUAUUGGGCGGUAAAAGUGGAUCAGGUGCUGGAAUUGAUCUCUCUUCUCUGGCAAUUGUGGAUGGAAAGAUUUGUUGGGAUCUUUACAUUGAAGGCCUUGUUGUUAGCUCAGACGGAAAUCUACUAGAUGCCCUAGGUGCUGCUAUUAAGGCUGCUUUGAGCAAUACAGGCAUCCCAAGAGUAAAUGUUGCAGCUGGUGUGGAAGGAGAUGACCAACCAGAGGUUGACGUAAGUGAUGAGGAAUUUCUGCAGUUUGACACAACCAAAGUCCCCGUCAUUGUUACAUUAACGGAGGUCGGUAGGCACUAUAUUGUAGAUGCGACAUCAGAAGAGGAAUCCCAAAUGAACUCGGCUGUUUCUAUAUCAGUCAACAGGCAAGGGAACAUAUGUGGGUUGACAAAAAGGGGUGGUGCGGGACUAGAUCCAAGCAUCAUUCUUGACAUGAUAUCUGUGGCACAAAGCGUAAGUGAGAGGCUGAUAAACACAUUGGAUUCAAAGAUAGCCGCGGCUGAAGCUGGUGAAGAUGUGUUGUGAUGGUAAGUAGAACCUCUGAUACAUUAAAGUAGGCAUAGGUGGGUUCACACAGGUCCUAGUUAUAUGGAAGAUUGUAAUUCUGAUAGUACAAAAGAGCUAUGCUAAUAAUCCCAAAUUUGUUGUAUUGAUAUUUGGAAUCUUUGUCCAAAAAUGAGUAUUGGCAUGCUGUUGAAGACUUGUGAGUUAUUGCUGAGAAAGCUUUUGUAGUCCAG